UAUUUGGGAUUAAUCAGAUUCUGGUUAAAUAAAUGGUGGCAGGUAUGUGCUUACUCCCAUUUAACAGAAGUCUAAAUGUUAAUGUGACUUUUGAGCAUUGCCACACCCUUGAGGGUGUUCACACUUGUGCAACCUCAUCAUUUCAAUUUAUUGUCAAUUACCCUUUUUAAAAUAUUUUUUUUCCCAGGUGAGUUGUACAAGUUAUUUGUUACAUUAAUGGUGGAGCAAUUUUUGAAAUUAUUUAUCCUGUUCUCAGUUUUGUAUAGCUCAGAAACCUGGCAUUUGACCAGCGGUUUGUUGACUUUUCAUAGCCACCAUAUCAUCAAUGAAUGUGUACUCUGCAAUGGGACAAAUGAAGAGAUGUGUGCAAGCGCAGGGGGAGGCAAUGGUGUCGGGUCAUACGGCAAUCUCUUUAAAGCAUCCAUGGCACACGUUCUCUUUCUGAUCCGGCCUCAACCGUUCCUGGCUCUCCUGGGGAGGAGGAAAAUGUCACUAGACUUUGGGGCGCGCGAGGUGUUUGCGGCGGCGCUGGAGGCUGUGCAGCCGGACAUCGCCAUCCGGCAGAAUUUGGAGCGCCAUGGCAACUCCUUGGUUUGCGGCGGUCGCAAGUUCCCGCUGAAAAACAAUGUGCACAUGGUGGGCUUUGGCAAAGCAGUGCUGGGCAUGGCCACCGAGGUCGAGAGGAUUGUGGGAGACCACUUGGUGGGAGGGGUCAUCAGCGUGCCGCAUGGCAUUCAGCACGCAUUACGGGAGCACGGCAAACACCACCUGCUUUUAAAGGAAAGCAGUUUCAUCCAAGUCAUGGAGGGCGCUCAACACAACCUGCCCGACGCCGACUCCCAGAAGGCAGCAGAAUGUAUCGCUCGGCUAGCAAGCGCAUUGACAGAGAAAGACCUGCUUCUCGUGCUGAUUUCAGGUGGGGGCUCGGCGUUGCUACCCGCACCCAUCCCGCCAAUAACCCUACAAGAGAAACUGGACGUCACCCGCAAACUGGCGGCCGGCGGCGCCACCAUUCAGGAGCUUAACACGGUCAGACGCGCCUUGUCCGUGUUAAAGGGCGGAGGACUUGCACAGUGCGCUCACCCGGCUCAGGUGGUGGCGCUGAUACUGUCGGACGUGAUCGGCGAUCCACUGGACCUGAUAGCGAGCGGCCCCACAGUGCAGAGUCCAGUGUGUCGUGAAGAGGUGCUGGUGGUCCUCGAGCGCUACGGGUUGCUGGACUCUGCACCUCCUUCUGUGAAGGACGUGUUGGGGAAACUUCGUCCGGGAGAAGAAGUUGAAAUGAACAAGGCGGGGCACGUUCUCAAUACCGUAAUUGGUUCCAACAGCAUUGCUCUCCAGCACGCGGGCCGCCGGGCGCUCGAGCUUGGUUUCUGUCCAAUUGUGCUAUCACCAGGAGUGUGCGGUGACGUGAGGUCAGUGUCUCGUCUUUACGGUCUCCUGGCCCGCUUUGCCUUAUCUCAUGGGGAAACUCCGUCUGAGCUUGGCAAAGAGGUGCUGAAGCUGGGGCCGGAGGUGGGCGUGGAAAGUGGGGAGCUUCAUCUCGUCAUGCAGAGUUUGGAGCAGGCCCGUUCACAGGGACGGGGCGCCGUGUGCGUGCUGGCGGGGGGUGAGCCCACCGUGGAGCUGACGGGUAAUGGCCGUGGGGGUCGCAACCAGGAGCUGGCUAUGAGAGUGGGACUGGAGCUGAGAGGCUUGCAGCUCUCUCUGGACAGUCCCGUCUUCCUGAGCGGUGGAACCGAUGGCCAGGAUGGGCCCACCGAGGCGGCUGGGGCUGUCACCGAUGCGAGGUUGUAUGAAGACGCCCAAAAACAGAAACUGGACAUGAGCAGUUUCCUUAAAAACAAUGAUUCUUUUACUUUUUUUACACAUCUUUCUGGUGGACGUAACUUACUUGUACCAGGCUUAACCUGCACCAAUGUCAUGGAUGUGCACAUCCUGCUAAUUCCACAAAUUGCCAAAUAGGACAGAGAGUAUACUGGAGCUGAAUCCACUACACAGAACAGUUUCUAUUUGUGGGGGUUCGGGAUCAUGGGCCCACCCGUGCCCCCCACAAAUGUUUCUAGUUCCCUGUAUUAAUCGUUUAAACCCAAAAUACACCACAAACAAUAUUCCUAAAACACUUAACCCUAACACUUUCAAACUCAUCUUAUGACAUUAACCCUAAAAAUAAAUAGCUGACAUAUGAUUUUAUUAAAAAAAAAAAAAAGUCAGCGGAGUUGUUUGCAACCUAUUAAAAAAAAAAAAAAAAAAAUUACAGUGGUGCCUAAAAAUAUGAGUGACUCGACUUACGAGCUGUCGUUCAACCAUUGUCUUUGCAUUUGAUUUGCAAGAGCAGACUUUAAGAUGCGAGCGCUGUAUGGUGGUAGUGAACUCAACUCACUCUACAAUAAGCAGCACUUACUGUUUUUUUGCCACUCUCAGUUAAAGCUUACUGUCAAAAUAAACACGAAACAAAGACAAUUCCACCUUGUGUAUGUAAAACAGCCAAACAACUGCCUAAAGAAAGGCGCUGCGAGCUUAAUGCUAAUGCUAAUUAGCAUCUAGGUUGCAGUGCUUUAACCCUUCAAGCAACAGAUUGACGGUUUACCAAAAACGUAGACAGACAAUAUAACAGUACUCACAAUCAUAUAUUAUUUGUCCUCUACAUAUUAGUAGGGCUAAUAUUAGUGCCUUUCUGAUGAGCUCAGAGAGGAGUUAGACAUUAUGAGUCCCACUGAGUCCAAGGCAGAACAUGCUCCAUUGCAAAAUGAUUGACUUCUGUGAAGAAGCAAGGACUACCUAGAACUCAGUGGGAGUCAUGAUAAUGCGUCAAUAAACAGUAUACAGUAUGUCUGUUUUAUAUGUCCACAGGUUGCCAGGUGGUUUAAUUAUAUAAUUACUGUAUGUUUUUAUGAAGUACAAUAUUUAUGGAGUGCUAUUUUUCCUCAUUAAAAUGUACAUUACAACA